AUGGAUGGACAGUUCAAUGCUUUGCUCACCUCUGAUGAUAUCGGAUUUCUCGAUACACCGGACGGCGGCAGUGGAUUCUAUUUCCCUCUCUGUGGACAAAUGGAUGACAAUGAGACCAAUAUUUUACAAGUGAUGCACUCCUUCUACAGGACUAUGGUCGAUGGACGUGGAAACUACACAAUAAGUGGUCUUCUAGGGCCGCCAUCCACUCAAACUCUGUCAGCCUCACCACCACCCCACCAUCCAUUGUCAUCUCUUCGUACUCCAAUGACACACCAGCCACUUCCACCUCCUUCCCUUCCACCAACAGCAGACGGCUACAACACGUAUCCCACUUCCCCGUACAUGACGCCAGUCCGUUCCCACCACCACAUCAACAGCAACGGCAAUGGAGGUAGCAAGAAAACCCUUGAGGACAUUUCCCGUAGCAACAAGCUCAUAAGUGGAGAUCAUGGCGUCCAUGACAACUUCCGGGAAAGUGAGUGCCAGGAUACCAAAUACGGAAGUCACCUGUUUACGGAUUAUUACUACGCCAAACAGGAAUUUCAAAGGCCCAGAACACCUCCGCUACAAUGCACUACUUCACCGAAAUCAAAUUCCUCAUCUUCGUCAGCCUCAUCGCCAUCUUUAACUCCUGUUUGUGGACACAAUAACGAAAGUGACGUGCCUGAUCGCUACAAGAGUGACAUAAAUAAGUUUGAGGGCGAAGACAAGUUAUCUGGUAAUUCAGUGCGCAGGAAACAGCGCCGUUACCGCACAACUUUCAACAGCUCACAGCUAGAAGAACUUGAGUGUGCCUUCCAGAGAACCCACUAUCCGGAUGUGUUCUUUCGUGAAGAACUGGCUCUCAAGAUUGGCUUGACUGAGGCUCGAGUUCAGGUAUGGUUUCAGAACAGACGAGCAAAAUGGCGAAAACAACAGAAAGAUGACCAUAAAAGUGCAUCAGCCAAUGACGUUAUUUGCCAUGCACUGCCAGCAUCGAAAGCAAAACCUCCACCACAACUUCCCUCAUCGGCUUCUGGUGCCUCAUGCAAGAUGGCCUCCAUCAGCAGCGUGCCAAUGCCCGGGUUCUAUUUUCACGGGAACAUUAACGUGGACUGGACUCCCGCACUGAGCUCCCCGAUGCCGUCCUCCUGUCUCAACCCGUUCAUGCCCACAAAGAAUGGUCAUCGAUUUCAGGAGAACAUGGACGAAAACGUAUUUGGCUCCAGAUGUAAUGAUCACAGCCAAAGCCGGAACGCACGAGCAGAUAAUUCCCAAAUGAAAGCCAGCGCACACAACAACCUGUUCCACUUGUCUGAUGGCAUGUAUUCUGUCGAAUCUCGAGCAAACAGCAUUAUUGCUCUUCGACCUAAAGCUCAAGAACAUCAGGAGACCAUCAAAACUUAA